ACUGUCAAUUCAACUAUCUUGUGCACUGACGGCUGUAUGGUUUUGUCUUUAGAAGAGCCAGUUGGUAGACUUUAACAUUCAGAACUUUACUAAUUAUAUUAGUUAUGUCGCUGUAAUCCCAUAAGAUAAAUAUGUCAUGUUGUAUUUGUUAUCACCACGACGCCCGCGCUCCGCUGCUUUCCCACAUUUGCCGUGAAAAAGAGACAACACAGGAGGAUUGUCUCCAACGAAACCGAGGACGCACUAGUCUAGGCUAGCUAAGUAACGUUAACCAACAAUGUUAGCGGGGCAAAACGUUGCAGACCUAACAUUUUUUGUCAGUUUUGUCAGUUGAGUUGUUUAUCUGGUAAUACACUGUUGCCCGUCCUCCGGACAAUGAAGAGACCUUGGAUAUCAUACGUACUGUACAGACAGAACUAGCGAUCUAAAAUAGCGCUAGCCAACAUCGAUUUCAAGUCUUGGCUGAGGUCGGAUGCUAGGCCACGUCGCUGCGGUUGCACUGACAAGCAGCGCAUUGGAUGAAUGCAAACAAGAGCGAGACAACUGUACGGAAGGAAGAGGACGUUUUUUUGUUUCGUGGUGCUUCUGUCGUUUGAGAACAGAAAAAAUGCUGAACUGGUAGCAGCCAAUUUUGGUGGCAUUUAUCGUCUUAAAUUUUUGCCGCAGCAAUACGGCAUGUCAGACAUUCACAUCUGGAAUUCUCUAACGUUACCAGUGCUGUAGCAGAGCAUCUUUGCUAGUUCAAUUAGCGAGAGAUUCAGAGAUGGUUGGUUUUGGCGCAAACCGACGGGGAGGCCGUCUCCCGUCCCUCGUCCUCAUUGCGUUAAUGGUGAUUAUCGGUAUACUGUCUUUCAACUACUGGACCGUUUCCAACAAGAACGGACGGCUGCUGGACGAGCUAUUGGAAGUACAGACGCAGGUGAAACGCACGGACGCGGCGCGCAGCAGACUGGAGAAGCGCAACUCAGAGCUGAUGGUGCAGGUGGACACGCAUCGGAAACAGAUUGAUAAGAAGGAUGGCGACAACAGCAUGCUUGAGGGCAAGCUGCAGGCUCGCGAGGUCCUCGUCAAGAAGUUUACAGAUGAAAAGAUAAAGUUGCAGAGUGAUGUCACAUCUCAGAUGACAGAGAUCCAGAGGCUCAAAGAGCAGCUGAAGGAGCUGAAGCAGGAGUUUAUGAAGCAGGAGGAGCAGUUGAGGGAGGUGAGGAAGAACAGCACCACCCUGGAGAGGAGGCUGGAGUAUGAAAGUUUGCAGUGUGGGAGACAAAUGGCCCAACAGAAGAACGAAUAUGAAGAGAUGAAGAAAAGCCUGGAGGAGGAAGCAUCCAAGCUGAGACAGAGUGCUCUGAGCAGCAGGAAGACAGCAGGGACUGCUGAUGCAGGGGCAAAGGUGGAGGCUGCAGGGGAGCGCCACACGGUGGUAACCCUCCAACAUGACAGCCCAGAUCUGAAAGAGGACCUGGGCAAGCCUGGCAGUGAUGCUGGCAUGCCUGGCAUCGAGGACAGCGAGGUGGGGAAGAUAGACGAGGUGCAUUUCGCCUUAAAGCGGCCAGCCAUCACCCAGAACCACGUCCUGGACCCAGAUCCUGAGGUGGAGACUGGGGAUAGGGUACGGGCAGGGCUAGAUGAUGGGGCAGUGAGGCCUGUGGUUCUGGAGCUCCCUGAUCUGCAGGCAGAGAGGGACAGGGUGGUGGUGGUACCCCCUGCUGGCCACCCUCUGCAGCAGCAGCCUCCCCCUGCAGUGGCAGACAGACCGGUGCUGUUUGAUGAAGACAACAAGGCUGCAGCCAUCCAGGCAGACGAGCUAGGAGAGCAGAACCGACAGCUCCAGGCUCCUGACCAUGUUAAGGGGGGGAAUGUCCAGGCCAGGGGUGUGGGCCUGCCCCCCAACCCUGCCCAGGUGCCCAACCCCAUAGAGCCUAGGCGUGCCAGGGACCAGUUGCCCGCAGAGGCGUCUCGGCACCGCCAGAGCCGCUUCUUUGAUGAGAACGAGUCCCCGGUAGAUCCCCAGCACGGCUCUAAGCUGGCGGACUACAACGGGGACGACGGGAACGUGGGUGAGUACGAGGCUGACAAGCAGGCCGAGCUGGCCUACAAUGAGGAAGAGGAUGGUGAUGGAGGGGAGGAAGACGUCCAAGACGAUGAAGACCGGGACAUGCAGGGAGACCGUGCAGUCGACUACGGGAAGAGACACCAGGCCAUUGACAUCCUCUAGACCCUACACUUAACUGUGUGCAAGACCCCGGACUUCCUGUGUAGGAGCUGGUGCACCCCUGUGCUGGGGGUGGGGCUUCUGACCACCUAAACUCGCCUUCCACAGUCUUCUUACUAGGAUGUAAAUCUCAUGACAGUUUCCUAAAGACCUCCAGGAUGUGGCAGCUCUGGAGAAACUGAUGUUAACUGUAGGAACCUCCCACCCUGCAGCACUGCAGACAGAGACAUGAAGACCAGGCUCUUGCCUGUGCUGCAUCUGCAGAUGAUCAUGGCGGUUUUAUGUUUGUUUUUGUUUGCUUUGUAAGUUAUUUGUCACUUAGGGAAGCCCCAAACUAGAUGACAGGUAUGCAAUGUGGGACUGUAUAAUGAGUUUCUGUUUAUGUCUGAUUAUGAAGGUUUUCAUUUCCUACUUGGCUAAAUUUCCUUUGGACUGAAGCUGUCCGAAGUCUCUUAUGUGUAGAUAGGGGGACUGUUUCUGACCUGGCCAGAAGUCUGGCCCCCUCUCCUCUGCGCAGCCUGAUAACACCUGUGGGCUUUUCUCCUGUUGGUGUUCCACCUUGACUUGACUUUCCCUUAACUGACUAGAGGUUCUCUCUGAUUCUGAACAGCUGUUUCUUGAUGGAGAGCUGAAACUAGUUUAAUCCUAAAUGUGUCAAUUAAAUUAAAAGUCCUCGGUGUUUCCUCCGGUGUGUCUUGGCUUGUUUUGACACCGGCCCCCCAUGCCAAGGAUCUGUCAUGCCGUUAGGAAACAUCUCUGACUGCCCUCAUAUUCCAAAGUGUUGGUCUGAGGGCUGAUGUUGCAUGCAUGACCACCACUACUAGCAAUCUUUAUGAACCUCACCCCCGCCCCCCCCCCCCCCCCCCCUCACUCCACUUAAUGAAGCUUCAAGCAAUACUCAUACAAACUUACCUAGGUACACUUCUGGGUAAAUGACUCUGGAACUUAAGCUUUUAUGAAGGAGUGUUGGUAGCAGGUGUCUACAUGUUGGAGCUGUCUCCAUUUAUACUGUAGGACAUAAGGUACAAACUUAUCUGUGGCAUUUUAGAAACAUGAGCAUUAAAUCAUUUGUUUUUGUAGCUCUAAAAGAAAGAUUUCAUAUUGAAGGGCGGCAUAUUGAAUGUAUUGUGUCUUUGUUUUCUUCUUUUUAUUAAAGGGAAAUUGUACAAAUCAGAGACGCAUAUGGGCAAGGCCAGCCAGGGAGAUCCGUUUCCUUCAAAUGGGAAUUACAGGAGAGAGAAAUACAGCUGGUAGUUCAGUCACUGUGAUCUGUAGGACAAGUGGUCUUGAUUCGGUUUUCUUGUUUCAUGGUAAUUAAUGGUAAACAUAGAUCAUCAUGCUUAAUAAUGGUCAUCCAUCAUUGGUAACAGUAAUCAAUCAAUUGCUUAUAUGUAUCCCUCAAAUGCUUUUUGAUUUAUAAUUUAUUAAAACCGUUUUGUGCUCUUUUGAAUGUG